UGCGCUGGGGAGGCAGGCUCCGGGCCUGGCAUCCCGGUAGCCGCAGCUGUCUUUCCGGCAGCCGUGCCCCCUCCGGCUCUCGGGGAUCACCCCCGAGCGGCUGCGUCCUCCGGGAGAUUUGCUUCCUCUUGCACUGCCAGUUAAGAAAAGAGAGGAUCUUUGCCCCUUCUGAGGACCACUGCCAUCCUUAGUCUCAGGGAUGUGGGGGAAGGGGUGGCCCCUAGGAGCUGGGAGGGGCCUUGGUACCCAAAUGCUGAGGGGCUUCGAGCCUGCUGUUGUCCAGGCAGCGGCCAGGACCAGACUUCCCCCCACUAACUCUGAGUUGCAGGUGUGUGUGUGUGUGUGUGUGUGUGUGUGUGUGUGUUUUUCCCUGUUGGGGAGGCUUCUGGGUGUUUGGUUAGAGGUGUUUUGGGGGGGCUCUGUGGAGCUGCUUUCCCUUCAGCAUCCUGUCUUUUGCAGGCCUCAUAACUCACUGGUGGCUUUGUCUGCCUGCUCUCGGCCAUGGCCAGUGAGAACUCUCCUCUGCUGGCUUACCGGCUCCUGGGGGAGGAAGGGGUUGCCUUCCCUGCGAAUGGGGCUGGGGCUCCUGGAGGAGCAUCUGCCCGGAAGCUCUCCACCUUCCUGGGUGUGGUGGUGCCCACGGUCCUGUCCAUGUUCAGUAUAGUUGUCUUCCUGAGGAUUGGGUUCGUGGUGGGCCAUGCUGGGCUCCUGCAGGCUUUGGCCAUGCUCCUGGUUGCCUACUUCAUCCUGGCACUCACCGUCCUCUCUGUCUGUGCCAUUGCCACCAAUGGAGCUGUCCGGGGGGGUGGAGCCUACUUCAUGAUCAGCCGGACCCUGGGGCCUGAGGUCGGGGGCAGCAUUGGCCUCAUGUUCUACCUGGCUAACGUCUGUGGCUGUGCCGUCUCCCUGCUGGGGCUGGUGGAAGCUGUGCUCGAUACCUUCGGGGCUGAUGCCAUGGGGUCCGGGGGGCUCCGGGUCCUGCCCCAGGGCUACGGCUGGAGCCUGCUCUACGGCUCCCUGCUGCUGGGCCUCGUGGGUGGGGUCUGCACACUAGGGGCUGGCCUCUACGCCCGCGCCUCCUUCCUCACAUUCCUGCUGGUCUCGGGUUCUCUGGCCUCGGUGCUGGUCAGCUUUGUGGCUGUGGGGCCCAGGAACAUCCCCUUGACCCCUCGGCCUGGUCCCAAUGGCUCCUCCCUGCCGCCCCAGUUCGGCCACUUCACCGGCUUCAACAGCAGCACUCUCAAGGCCAAUCUGGGUGCUGGCUACGCCAAGGACUACACCACGGGGGCCAUGAUGACCUUCGCCAGCGUCUUUGCCGUCCUUUUUAAUGGCUGCACGGGCAUCAUGGCUGGGGCCAACAUGUCAGGGGAGCUGAAGGACCCCAGCCGGGCGAUUCCUCUGGGUACCAUCAUCGCCGUAGCCUAUACCUUCUUCAUCUACAUCUUGCUUUUCUUCCUCUCCAGCUUCACCUGUGACAGGACGCUGUUGCAGGAGGACUAUGGGUUCUUUCGCGCCAUCAGCCUGUGGCCCCCGCUGGUGCUGAUAGGUAUCUACGCCACCUCACUCUCAGCCUCCAUGAGCUCCCUCAUCGGCGCCUCCCGCAUCCUCCACGCCCUGGCCCAGGAUGACCUCUUCGGAGUCAUCUUGGCACCGGCCAAGGUCGUGUCCCGAGGGGGGAAUCCUUGGGGAGCCGUGCUGUAUUCUUGGGCCCUAGUGCAGCUGGUGCUCCUGGCUGGGAAGCUGAACACACUGGCCGCUGUGGUCACCGUCUUCUACUUGGUGGCCUAUGCUGCGGUGGACCUGUCCUGCCUGAGCCUGGAGUGGGCCUCGGCCCCCAACUUCCGCCCCACCUUCAGCCUGUUCUCCUGGCAUACCUGCUUGCUGGGGGUGGCCUCCUGCCUCCUCAUGAUGUUUCUCAUCAGCCCUGGAGCGGCCGGUGGCUCUCUGCUUCUCAUGGCCCUGCUUUCUGCCCUGCUCACAGCUCGAGGAGGUCCCAGCAGCUGGGGCUAUGUCAGCCAGGCGUUGCUUUUCCACCAGGUGCGUAAAUACCUGCUCCGGCUGGACGUCCGGAAGGAUCACGUGAAGUUCUGGCGGCCCCAGCUGCUGCUCCUGGUGGGGAACCCCCGGGGUGCCCUGCCUCUACUGCGGUUGGCCAACCAGCUCAAAAAGGGGGGACUCUAUGUGCUGGGCCAUGUCACCCUGGGAGACCUUGACUGCCUGCCCUCGGACCCUGUGCAGCCCCAGUACGGGGCGUGGCUGAGCCUGGUGGACCGGGCGCAAGUAAAGGCCUUCGUGGACCUCACCCUCUCGCCCUCCGUACGCCAGGGAGCUCAGCAUCUGCUGCGGAUCUCGGGCCUUGGUGGCAUGAAGCCCAACACGUUGGUCCUGGGUUUCUACGAUGAUGCUGCACCGCAGGACCACUUCCUGACAGACCCGGCUUUCUCUGAGCCUGCAGAUGGCACCCAGGAGGGUGGGACCCCAGCCUUGAGCACCCUGUUCCCUCCACCACGGGCUCCUGGGAGCCCCCGGGCUCUCACUCCCCAGGACUAUGUGGCCACCGUGGCGGAUGCCCUCAAGAUGAACAAGAAUGUGGUUCUGGCCCGAGCCUGUGGGGCCCUGCCCCCUGAGCGGCUGAGCCGGGGCUCUGGGGGCACCUCUCAGCCACAUCACGUGGACGUGUGGCCCCUCAACCUGCUGCGGCCCCGGGGUGGGCCUGGCUAUGUGGACGUCUGCGGCCUCUUCCUGCUGCAGAUGGCAACCAUCUUGGGCAUGGUGCCUGCUUGGCACAGUGCCCGGCUCCGGAUCUUCUUGUGCCUGGGGCCUCGGGAGGCCCCCGGGGCGGCUGAGGGGCGGCUCCGGGCACUGCUGAGCCAGCUGAGGAUCCGGGCCGAGGUGCAGGAGGUGGUGUGGGGUGAGGGGGCUGGGUCCCAGGAGCCUGAGGAGGAGGAGGAAGGGGACUUUGUGAAUGGCAGGCGGGGAGACGCUGAGGCAGAGGCCCUGGCAUGCAGCGCCAACGCCCUGAUUCGGGCCCAGCAGGGGCGUGGCAGAGGAGGAGGGCCAGGUGGGCCUGAGGGUGGGGAUGGCGUGGAGGGGCCUGCCACCGCCCUCACCUUCCUGUACCUGCCUCGGCCACCUGCUGAUGCUGCCCGAUACCCCCGAUACCUGGCCCUCCUGGAGAUGCUGAGCCGUGAUCUGGGCCCCACGCUGCUCAUCCAUGGCGUCACCCCUGUCACCUGUACUGAUCUCUGA